AUGAGCAUUGAAAUUCAACACGGUGAUACAAUCAAAUCCUCGCCGGAAGAGGAAGAUCAACUAGCUAGAAGCACUAAAAAAGUUAAAAUGAAUGAAGAAAACCAAGUGGAUCAUGCUAUGGGGGAGGUUAUAGUGAAGGCAAAUUAUUUGAAGAAGCAAAACGCAGACAAAGAUGUGAACCAAGAAAGCAAUCAAGGCAACGUGAAAACUAAUAUAGCUCUUAGAAGAUCUUAUCGAGAUAUGGUAGUAGAUAAUGAAUUUGGAAAACUCAACCCGUAUGAAAUUGUGGAGAUGGUGUCAGAGGAGUAUCUCCCAGAAGAUCCCUCUAUUAAGUCAAGUUUGGAGGUUUCAAAUCCCUUCAAUCCUAAUCCGACUAUAGAAGUCUCUUUGGAAGAAUAUGAGGACUGGUGCAGACCUUGGAAAUUUUCUUUAAUUGUCAAACCAUUAGAGAAUUUCUUCUUAGUUAGAUUAACAAGCCAAUAUGAUUACGCUCAUGUCCUAUUCGAAGGCCCUUGGAUGAUUGCGGAUCACUAUCUCCUAGUUCAAAGGUGGAGGCCGCUUUUCAUUCCGCAAGAACUGGAAGUCCAAAAAGUUACUGUUUGGAUAAGAAUUCCAAACUUACCAGCUGAGUUGUAUAACAAAUACUUUCUCUGGAAAGUUGGAAAAAUGUUAGGUACUAUGCUUAAAGUGGAUGAUCUGACGUCAAUUCAUUCUCGGGGAUGCUUUGCAAGAUUAUGUGUAGAGAUAGAUUUGAGAAAGAAAAUUAUUCCAUCCUUUACAGCUUUGGACAAGGAAUUUCAUAUUCAAUACGAAGGGUUACAUCACAUUUGUUUUAACUGUGGUCGUUAUGGCCAUAGAAAGGAAAAUUGUAUUGAAUCUAUGGAAGCAGUUCCCAACAAGGUGCCACCAGCGGCAAUGGGAGGUGGGAGGCAUGGCAGUGAGGAAGAACCCAACGGUCAGGAGCAAUCUUUGGGAUCAGAGCCAAGUCAGUACUCUCAAGAAAGGAAAGAAAUCAUUAAAGAGAAAAAUAAGGAAACGUCUUCAAUUAGCACCAAUGAUCUGCAUAAUCAAAAGCAAGAAUCAUCAAAUUCAAUGCAGGAUCAUCAAGGAGUCAAUGCAGAUAAGGAAACUAACCCAUUUGGCCCAUGGAUGAUUGCCAAAAAAAAGUCUAAGAAGGAAUAG